AUGCUCUCGAGCCUGACUCGCCGGCCGAAUGUCUGCCAAUGCCAAUCCUGCCCAUCUCCUCUGGCAAGAGCGCGUGGACAAGGAGAGGAAGCUGGCCAAGAGGCAGAUCAUGAAGCAGCUUGUCCUGGAUGGGGAGGAGCAGAAGGAUGCGGAGCCGGAAGCACCGCCACUACACGAUUUGCAUCAGUGCAUGUCCUUGCCAGCUCUAGGAGCUUCGAGCUUCACACCCAUGCUUCCGAAGAUUGGGACUUCGGCGUCGUCGGCUCAUAUGAGUCCAGAAGCAUGACAUGUAGGCGACCUGGCAGCACUGCUAGUGUCGCCUCACUGCGAAGCGCUCAGCAAAGGCCAAGUCAAUCAGCUUCGAGGAGCUCUCUUACCGGUUUGACGACGGCAUCCCUUCGCAAGGAGGUACAAGACGCGGUUGCAGCCGAGGUGGCCAAGAUGAUGCAGCCUCUCAAGGAAAAACUGCAAGCCGAGCAGACGACCAGGCAGCGCUUGGAGAAGAUGCUCAAGGUGGCCAAAGGCCAGAAGGCAUAG